CAAACCGUUUCUGAUACCAAGGAAAGCACACAUCUGAGACCCACCCACAAUCAAUGUCACGGAAUCCGUUGGUGUCUGAAUCUGAAUCGUCCAGCGCAUGUGCCUCGCCGGCACUUCAAUCUAGUGAGAACCUAUCAACUGUCUCACAGAUGCACGUUUCCUCUCCUAGGGAUAUCAUAGGACCUAAUGUGGACGGAGAGUUAAAGUCAUCUGGUGAGCAAAAGACGGCUUCAACAAGGACGAAUGAAGGAUCGCAUUCGAAAGUUCAAAUUCAAUCAGAAAGCGAGGAUGAGGAUGAGGAUGAAGAAGAGGAGUCUGACCAUUACAUUCGAAAUGAAAUGCUCAAAUCAAAGAUCACUACAGCUGCAUCUAUAAUGAUUGACAGAUUACCUCCUGUCACAAAGCAAUUGGUAGAUAAGAUCACAGAGCCAUCCAGCGAGAAGAUAACCGUACGAUGUCAACCCAUUGGCUCAACCCCUUCGUUAACCCCAAACGUCUUCAAAAUCUCAUACCACCAACCAGUCGCUACGCUACACAAAUUCAUCUUGAAGAAGCUGAAGAAGUCGUUACCAAAGGGGACAUCGCUCUAUAUAUACGUGAACAAUUCGUUUGCCCCUGCGCCAGAUGAGAUUGUGGGGUGUCUAUUUGACCAUUUUGCCAGUGGUGAAGAACUUGUUGUCAGUUAUUGUACCGUAGUAGCAUUUGGCUGAAUGAAUUGGUUACAACGCUGGUUUCAUCACACCAGUUGAUGACGGGGUUAUCCUGAAGAGAAGAGAACAGCCACAGCCACAGUAUGUAUCGCGACAUUACAUGGUAUUCAUCAGAUGGGCUUCAUGAGUAGUGCUGGUGAACUUACUGCCAGGGUGUUUAGAGGUGAUAUGCUGGCAUUACACGCUAUAUUCUCAGUCAACUAUGCUUAGCUUGAUUCAACUGGACUCUCAAUUCCCAUGCCUACGGAACCAUUGUAGAAGCACUCACACACCACAGAUUACACACAUUGUAGGUGGUAUAUACUCCAGCAUCCUGCGUGUAUUUAUCCGUGAUAAAGAAUAAACGUUUAUCC